AUGGUGGUGUUAUCUGAAUAUGGGUGCUCUGACUCGGUUUUCGCCAAUGCACCAUCUAAUUGCGCAUCCUCAAGAGGCGAUUUGUUUAACUUGAACAAAUCGUCUAGUUGGAAUGAGCUGGGCAUCUUCAACAUCAACAACAACGGCGUUGGUCUGGAGGCCAACCUGGGAUAUUCUCAAAGAUCGGAGUUCGCGACGGAUGACAUAGGUCUCAGCUUAAAUGGACCGAAGCUCGAGAAUCAGACUCUUGCAGGGAUCGCAACUCCUGAGCCCUUCUAUCUGGGAAUAUUCGGUCUCAAUCCUCAACAAGUCAACCUCAGCACCCUAGGAAACGCUUCUUCGCCUUCGUUCUUCACAACUCUCAAGGAUCAAGGCAAAAUCCCAAGCUUGAGUUGGAGCUACACCGCGGGCGCUAAAUAUCGGCUCAAGCAGGUGUACGGCCAACUCAUCUUCUCUGGCUAUGACCAAUCGCGAUUUACCUCGAACUCUGUCUCAUUUACAAUGGCAGACGACAUCACGCGCGACCUCGUCGUUUACCUACAGUCAAUUAGCUACAGCGGAUCCACCUCUUCGAUAUUACUAUCCAACCCAAUUGACAUAUUCAUUGAUUCGACCGACCCGAAUCUCUGGCUACCCGAUAGCGUGUGCAAUGAAUUUGAGAAGGCCUUUGGUUUAACUAUGGAUAACGACUCUGGCUUAUAUCUGGUGAAUGAGACGCAGAAUACUGAAUUGCUCAACUCAGAUGCUGAAGUGACCUUUCGGCUAUCUGACGUGGGAUCUGGGGGAGAAGCUGUCGCAAUCACUCUCCCAUACGAAGCGUUUGCUCUAACUGCAAAGCCUCCGCUGGUCGAUAAUAGCAGCUACUACUUCCCAUUAAAGCGUGCAGCCAAUUCCAGCCAAUACACUUUGGGUCGUGUAUUUUUGCAGGAAGCGUAUUUAUCGACCGAUUAUGAGCGCGGUGUCUUCAAUGUAUCAGCUUGCUCCUGGGAAGAGGAUUCCGAAGAGGAUAUUGUUGCAAUAAUAUCCAAAGAUGCCAGUACUUCCAGCUGCUCUGGAAGCGGAUGUUCUUCUGGUGGCAGCAGCUCUGGAAGUUCUUCAAACCUGAGCCGAGGGGCCGUUGCCGGUAUUGCAGUGGGUGCAGUAGUUGGAUUCUUCCUUCUUCUGGGUAUAAUAUUCUUCUACAUUCGCCGGCAGCGACAAAAAUCCAGAAAUAAGGCUAUCGAUCCUAAGCCAAACGUAUCUGUCCUGUCUGGGCCUGUACAUAACGGCGGCCCUCCCGAGUCUUCAUUGCAUGAUGAACACAACUCUCUCCCACAAUCAACAUUCUGGUCUCCAGAAACGCUCAAUGGUAGCAGUGGCAUGACUACUAGUGGUAACAAUGGGAGCAGUGGUGACAGUGGGCGUCAUGAGAAUAGCUCUGGUGAGAAUGAGCUGGACGGCCACAAUACUCAGAUCAAGCCAGUCUAUCAUGAACUUCCUGGCUCUAAAGUGUCAGAUGUAUUAUAUUAA